AUGUCUCCAGCAAAACAGACGGGAAAACGUAAGAAGAGGCAAGAAAGAUCUCUGGUCAUUGAGGCAGUCAAAAGAGGUGACAUAGAUGGACUGAGGUUGGUGGCUAAGACCAGAGCUGACAUUGACGUGGUGGAUAGUGACCAGCACUUUACUCCUCUGCUGUGGGCCUGUCAAGCAGGUCAUCUGCAGUGCCUGGUGUGGCUGCUGGAGCAUGGGGCGGAUGUCUCCUUCCAGACAGAGCGAGGGUGGACUGCUGCACAUGUGGCCGCAAUCACAGGACAAGACCAGUGUAUGAAGGCACUGAUUGAGCACGGAGUUGACCUCACCAUCAUGGACGGCCGGGGCUGCACUGCAUCACAUCUGGCUGCAGCACACGGCCAUGCAGGCACGCUGCACACCAUCCUACGCAAAGGAGUGGAUGUCCAGUUAGCGGAUAAGAGUGGAUGGAUGCCGUUACACCAUGCUGCCUUCCAUGGCCGACUGAACUGCAUACAAACUCUACUCAGAUGGGGAGCCAACGCAUACAAGGUGGACGGCAAUGGAAACACACCAGCACAUCUUGCAGCUGCUGAAGGCCAUCUGGCAUGUGUCAAAUACUUGCUUACGAAAUGCACGAGUGAAGCUCGAGUGAUGGACACAAGGAACAACCAUGGAGAGACAGUGAGGGAUCUGGCCCUGCAAUUCAACAAGCUGGCCGUUGUUGACUUCAUUGAUAAAGCUGCAACAGAGAACAGGAAUGACUGGGUAGAACUGAAAGCAUUAAGGCAUCCAGCCCAUGUGGCAGCCUAUCGAGGAGAUGUGGACACCCUGCGAAGGCUGAUGGAGCAGGGACAGGCCAGUGUCAAUGAGAGAGAUGAGGACGGCUCCAUUCCUAUGCACAAAGCCGCAGGGCAAGGCCAUCUGCGAAGCUUGGAGUGUCUUCUUGAGAUGGGGGGAGACCACAUGCUCAGGAACAAUGCUGGGGAGACACCCUUAGACGUAGCCAAGAGGUUUGCUCAGCUGGCAGCAGUCAAGCUGCUGAGUACUGAUGUACCAGAUACUGCCACUGAGGACCCGAGAGCCAUGGAGAGCACAGGGGCACAGGGCUCUCUCUUCUCCAGCCCUAAGCAACAUGACCUCCAGGAGAAGCUGGAGGCAGAGAGAGUUAGCAGAGAGAAACUGGAGUCGCAGAUGGACGUCUAUCGGACAGAGAUCAGGCAGCUGAGACAGGCUUUACAACGGGCUCAAUCAGCAUGCCUCUUGCAGCAACCCACGUAGCUAGUAGGCAAUAGACAAUACUAGUUAGGGAAAGAUAUGGAUAUUUUGGAAAAUCUGUGAA